UUUCAUGAAGUUUCUGCUGCUCAUAUGUGACAUAAAGGAGUUUUGUUUUUGAAUUGACAAAUUGCUGUUUCACUGUGAAGAGCUCAUCCAGAAUGGCCGGUCCGGUUCCAGCGGUUCCAGCACUCCCAGACUCUUUUACUCCGAGUUCAGACAGUGUUUACUCGGAUCAGUUUGGCUUUUACUCUCUGGACAGUAACGUUCCUGGUCUUUCUAAAGUCAUCUUAGACAAACUCAACAUGACAAACUACAAAGAAUACAGGGCUGCACUGGAGGGCAAGGGAAGGGUGGGAUUUCGCUCUCACAAAGAGAUGUUUCAAAAUCUAGAAGAAACGUUCAAAUUCUGCGCCUGCUGCUCCAAACUCUCAUCCAAUCUUCCAGACCCGAAAGCACUCAAACGCUGCAUCAAGUGUCUGAACGUGUAUUACUGCAGUAAAGACUGUCAGAAGAAGGACUGGUCUUUGCAUAAGAAGUUCUGUAAGAUGCUCCAUAAGGUCUCCAUCGACAGGCUGGUGGAGUGGCUCGUUCACACAGGAGAUCUUCCUUUCCCUACGGAGGCGUGGUCUCAGCCCGCUAAAGACAUCAGGUGUUGGGAUGACUGGGUCUCCAUGCAGGGAGACCUGACGCCCCGUCUGGACACAAUCCUGUCCGGACAAAGCAUGACAGACCUCUGGACCAAUGCCUGCAGGCCGCGGCCGGAGGAGGCGGAGCUUCGUAAGUCUGUGUGGCGAGUGUGCAGUGAGUUCUUCUCUCGGUCGCUGACGCUGGGCCUGGGGAUUCAGAUGGCCCGUCUGGACCCGUAUUCCCGCCCUCUGACCUUACACCUAGUCGGGGCCGGUCACAACGAGACCCUGGGAGCCAGAACCACAGACAUGGACGAGCUCGGCCGCAUGUUCCCGGGGCACCAGGGGCUGGAGGUGGUGAUGGUGGGGCCCGAGGUGGUUCAGGGGCCCAUCAUGAGGCCCCCGCUGAGGGCGUUUGGACCCCGGGGAAAGGUUUACAUCAGUGCUUACAAGGGCCUCUAUCAUCAGUUCUGGGAGGAAGUUGUGGAGAAAGGAGAAGCUACCAAACCAGAUCUAGUGAUCGGAUUUCAUCCAGGUACAAAUAAACAAUAUUUUAGUAGAGCAUGGUUCAUGGGUUCCAGGAUGAUUGCUUCCCUCCAGUAUCAGUCAUUUAUUCUCUGUUGCAGUGAUGCUGAGCUCCAGUAUUCACUGCAGAUCCUCAUAGAGCUGGAGAUAGAUGUUAAAGACACCGGAGCGAAUCCCUUCAGCUCCCAGAAACCCGAGCAGGUCCAGUCCAGCCCAAACAAAGCCCCCAGUUACUGCAAUGCCUUUUAUAUUUACUUUCAGGGUCUGCUGGAGACACAGCAGGAGGAGUAGACUCAGACCUUCGCUUUCAUUCACUUAUAAACCAGCUGAAUGCAUCUAAAAAAAAAACUGCAAAUAACCCCCUAAUUAUGUCACUUGCUAUUACAGUUUAUUGUUUAAGAAAUAAAUGUUUCACGUAAAACUGCUGUUAAACUUGUUUGCAACACAAUUUAGUGAACAUUUAGCGCCCCCUAGUGCCGAAAUCUGCCAUGACAUUUUCUUCAU